AUGCAACGAGCAAGUGAUCUUCUUCUGGGCGUCUCAAUGUUCGCCGAACCAAUCAGUGUUCAAAUCAUCGAUCGUGCGAGUUUAGCUAUGAAUGAAUUGUGCAAUGUCGGAAUUAUAGGUAAACCUUUAUGGCAUCAGCAUAAUUCAAAUCAAUACGAAAUUCUUAACGGUAUUGAAUAUUUGAAAUAUGUUGGUCAUGAUGCGAUGUUAAUGGAUAUUGUUAAAUUGGUUGAGGUCGGAGAAAUUCAAACUUUACCUAGCUUUGAUUCGUAUGGAAAUCAAAUCAAUUCAAUUUCAAAUGAAAAUUCCAUACAAGGGUUACAUAUCGAAGCUUCGCGAGAUACGACAAUGAUUAACGCCGGUCCGAAUGACAUUGUUGAAUUACUUAUGAAUGUGAAUCAAUGGGGAAUGACAUUUCACAACAUUGUUUCAAGAGCAACGAUUCUUGGAAGCUUUAUGAAUGGAGUCGAAGGAAGUUAUGAUGGGAGAUUGCAUGUGAUGAAUGCAGAAUUUCAUUUGCCUAGUCCAGUGGUACCAACUCGAGAGUGUUGUUUUGUAAGAUACUGCAAACAAUUAUCUCCUAAUGAUUGGGUUGUUGUGGAUGUAUCUUUGGAAGACCUUUUCCCUUAUCCAUCUACCAAUUUUCGAAAAAGACCUUCAGGUUGUAUGAUUAAAGAAAUGCCUAAUGGAUACUCUAAGGUUACAUGGGUGGAGCAUGUGGAAGCAGACCAUAGCCAAUUGAAUGAUCUUUUCAAGCCAUUAGUAACCUCUGGCUUGACUUUUGGUGCAACGCGAUGGCUAGCUUCCAUUGUUCGACACUUUGAGUGGGCUGAAACAAUUAUUACUACACAAUUUUCAACGGACCAAUCAUGUUUUAAAAAUACUAAUAUUAUAUUAUAA